ACUGUGAAAAUGGGACGUUGGCCUUUCUCUCUUUAUUGCAAACACUUUCAUGAAGUCCACCUUACUUGGGAGAGUGAAACGGUGCCCACCACAACUACAAUUGAAAAUAGGUUCAGUCUAGUUUCAAUAUCAAUCGGUCUCUUUUGUCACCGAGAGAGGUAUUCCUUGAUAUAUAUCAGAAUAGUAAUUCACUUGCCUGAUACCUCGAUUUCUACUAAAUGGGGAACGGAAACUCCAACAACAGCAAGGCCAGUCUCCUGAAGGAGACCCUAGGGGACCAUGACGAGAGUGUCAAUUGUAUGGCUCUGUCGGACGACAUGUCCAUGCUGGUCACCGGAUCCGAAGAUGCCACGGCCAGAAUGUGGUCAACCCACACCCCGGAAACAGAAUGUUUGGGUGUUCUCAGAGGACAUUCGAGUUACAUCAACGCUGUUGCCAUAAUGGACACCAUUGUGAUCACUGGAUCGGCAGACUCGACCAUUCGAAAAUGGUGCAUGACCACGUGCGAAUGUCUUUUCGUUUACGAGGGCCAUAGUGCCAGGAUUCAACGUUUAAUCGUGACAGAGGAUUUCAUCUUCUCCUCAUCCUACGAUCGAACUGCAAAGGCCUGGCGACUAGAUACGGAAGGCAUCCGCGAAGGGAUGGAGGAGACCGCUUGCAUUCGCACCUUCAAAGGCCACGCUCGAGGAGUGUAUCCUAUCAUCUUCAUCCCCACUGAGGACUUUGACCUUACUGACGGGGCCACCAUCAAUCCAGGAGAUACUCUCCUCACUGGUUCUGCUGAUCAUACCGCCCGAUCAUGGUCAUGUGACACCGGAGGCUGUCUCAAGAUCUUCAAAGGGCAUACCGGUGGGAUCACUUGCAUGUCCACGGAUGCCUCGGGAAAGAUCCUCUACACGGGAUCAGCAGACAACUCCAUCAGAUCAUGGAACAUUGCCACUGGCCAAAUCAUAAAGAAAAUGUUUGGUCACACCAAAAUGGUCUUGGACAUGUGCUUCGAUCACGACAAAACCUACAUGUACACUGCCUCGGUGGAUGGCAAUGCCCGUUCUUGGAUGCCUGAAAUAGGCGAUGAAGUCAGAGUGUUUGAGGGUGCCACCCGAUCAGUUGUAUUUGUUCAUUGCAAAGGCAAUAUCCUAUUCACCGGCUGUGGAGAUGGAGAGAUCCGGGCUUACGAUGCCAAAUCAGGAGCCCUACGAAGAACCUACCCUGGCCAUGAGGGCGCUGUGAACUGCCUGGCCAUUGUCGGGGACAAAGUGUUCAGUGGGUCCUCGGACGCCACCAUGAGAGUGUGGGAUGCCAAGGACAUCAGCGAGGAGCUUUUGGUGGAUGAAGCACCUCCACCCCCUCCAGUUUUGGGUGACGACAUCACUCUGGGAGAUUCGGUUUCAAUGAUCAACGAACAGGAUGAAGCCAUGGAAGAGCACAUUGAGAAUCUGGAUGACGGACCGGUUGGAGACGAAGUCAUUGAUGAGGAAGCCGACGCCCAAGACAAACCGGAAGAGGAAGCUGAAGGGAAAAAUGAAGCUGACGACCAGCCCGAACAAGCUGAAGACAAGGAGGAAGACUCUCCAGAAGACAUGAUUGAGCAAGAAAUGGCCAGUGUCUAAAAUUGAUGAGGAUUGGGUACCUCUUCAACUCUGAUGUAAAUAGCACGUUCCCAACUUAUGUUCACGCAAGUCUUAAAUUACCAAUUACCUUCUGACGUAAACAUUGAAUUACCGUUCAAGUAUUAAUCAAUUAAGAUGAAUUUGUUGUGUAAAUGAUAUGGGUUAAAAGAUAACUCGGACAAGCUAUUCGGAGUCAACUGAAUGAUACUAUAGGCAUACUUUUAUAUUCAUCCAGUAUUCUAUUUAAAAAAAAAACAUGAUCCCCAAAAAUUCAAAGAUUUAUUUGUUAAGCCAGAAUGAUCGAAACAAAAUCGUAUUGUAAUCAGUUCUCGCCCUUGGAGAAGAUUCAUCACCAUGAUUGUGCCUUAUACAGUAUUGUACAUAACAUACGCCGUAAAUAUUUUGACCAAACGAUUCUGCCUUGAAUCGGUCAAUCCAAUCGUCAAGUGCCUGUGAUAGAGAGCAAGUCUUGCAUUUACUGUUUGUUGUAUUUCUACACUCAUAUCAAUCAUAAAUACAAUAUUGAACCACAAACAAGCUUGAGAACCCAAUCAGGUCAGUUGAUAUUGUUGCCUUUCCCAAGUCAACAAUUUUCUUUUUUCAGAUUUUUGUUUUAGUGUCAGGUAAAGCCAGUUGUGAGUAAAAUCUUCGCAUCUUGAAAUAAAUCCUUGAAAUCAUUCAUUUCA